AUGAUUCAAAUAGUAGAAAAAAUAAAUAUUAUCAAAGUAUCUGUCGUAGAAUAUGAAGGAUAUGUUAAAGAGCAGACACAGAAAAAAUGUGAUCUUAAAAUACCUGCACCAAAAUCGAUAACAGCACCACCACCUUCAGAAGCACCAUUACAAGUAAGGGUUGUAAUGCCAGCACGAGUAUAUUUAGAAGAAGGCAAAUUCACCCAAGAUCGAGAGAACAAUUAA